UGUCCAUCAGAUGGGCUUGCGUGUGGAUCUGAUGCAUCCGUUGUGCUGCGGCUGUCAGCAAAACUGCAGCCCUAAUAAACCACAUUAGGUGAAGAACCGGGAAGUACCGGAGUUUAGCUGCAUGUAGGAAGGUUUCUGCCCGUCAGAAAUGAAGGGAGUGAAUAAUGGGGACCAACAGCGAGAGGAGCCACUUUAAACCCGAGGUCGACCUCAACGCUCCCGCUCGGAGUGACGAUGACAGAGCGAUGCCCAACGUUUCUGUCAAAGGCCUCAAGGAAAACUGGCAGAAGUGGUCCAGUGAGCACCAGGAGAGCCAGAAGCUCAACCCCUUCAGUCAUGACACCAGGCAGAUUGUGGUGGUCCUUCAGAGGGGACAGGAUGAUUACGGGAGGCCCCAGCAGGGGUCCCUGACUGAGAAACGUGGGAAGGAGGCUCACACACACAUCGGCAGGGAGGUCCAGAAGCUGUGCGAGGUGAUAAGGGACAUCGGGGAGCACGACGGGGACGGACGUGACAGCCACAGGAAAGGGAUCACGGUUGAAUUCGGGAAGCUUUUUGAGCAUUACGUGGCCAUCUCCAAUACGCUGGUGGGAAUUCUUUUACGGGCCAGAAAACAGGGACUGGUGGACUUCGAGGGGGAGAUGCUGUGGCAAGGAAAGGACGAUCAUGUAGUUGUCACUUUGUUGGAAUAAGCACUUAUUGGGAUUUGUGUUGAUGCCUUGAUUCAUGUUGAGAAAGAGUGACUUAAGAAAAAUAAAAUCCUCUACAAAUCCUCCUGAUUUGUAUUAAAAUGUAGUCUUAGAUCAGCACAAAGUGAAAACUCAAGCAGGUAGAAUUAUCAUCAACAUUUCCGACAUCAUUUCAAGGGAACAGGACAGUAUUUCUGUUCACAACCUCGGUGAAGGUCAGAUGCUUCCAAAAAUUAAGAUUUCCCCAAACAUUUUUUUCAUAAAGGAUUACAAGUCUCAACAGCAGUUCGGUCUAGUUGGGUCUGGACUUUGACUAGGCUAUUGAAACGUCUUGAUGUGUUGUUUUUUUUCUCUUCCAUCCAUCCGGUUGUAGAUUUACUGCAAUAGUCCUGAAAA